CUGUGAGUGUUCUGUAGCGCCUAGUAAUAAACCGCUUCGUCCUCUAUCUGCGAUCGACAUGAGGAUUCGAAGGACUCUGCGACGUCGUACGCGUGGUUCUCACGGCUAGUGCACGGCGAAGAAGGAGGACCUUAUUGUUCUGGCUCUGCACCCCAAUCCACCUCUUCGACCAUGGCUUCUGGUUCGCCUCGGAACCGCAUCAAUCAGUUUUAUGUUUCAAAGAAAAGGAAAACUGUGUCACCUGUUAUAAAAACUGGGAGAUCUGAAAAAGGUGCAAGGCAUGGGGUUGAUGGGUCUCCGUCUCCAAGUGCUAAAGGUACUUUGGAUAGUUACUUGGUUGCGUCGCAGGAUGAUUGCAACGCAAACACAGCAACUAGUUCUUUAGCCAGGCUGGAUUCAGUUAGGAGAAAUUUAGCAUCAGAGAUCAAUAGUUCACUUGACAAUGAACUUGAUAAGCAGCCUGUUUUAUUAGCUCAAGAGCAUCAACACUCUCAAGAUACUCGGCCAGGACCCGUAAAUGAAUUGCCCAAUGUGAGUGGCGUGGUGGUUGAAGAUCUUGUCCAGGAAAACAAAUGCAGUGAUUUCAAACAAGUUGUGGAAAGCUCCGAGCUCAAACAGUUUGCAGCAGACUUUUUAUCUUUGUAUUGCGGCGAAUUGCGCCCAAACAUUGAUACACCAUCAGAGAUGAAAAUGGAUGGACACAAUAGACAUGGCUCCCUCACAUUGGUAGAGAAAAAUGGUAUUUUACCGCAGAAGCUUAAUGACACCGCUAGUGAGCCAAAUUUUGGCGGUGAAAACAUUUCCAGUGACAAUAUCUCUGAAGACAUCAAGUCUGGUGCUGUUGGUAAAACUACGGCAAAUGUUCCUGGCAGUAAUAUGAAGGUUUCUGGAGGUGUUGAGACUUUUACCCUUGACACAAGCUUUAGAAAAUGUAGUUAUACUCCUAAAUCACCUAUCAAUAUGGCUGAAUGCUAUACACCGGGAUCUUUGAUUGUUAAAGCUUGUGUUAAGGAGACUCCAAGGUCAACGCGUGGAAGCUCGAUGUUUUCACCUGGAGAAGCUUUUUGGAAUGAAGCAAUUCAACUUGCUGAUGGUUUGUGUGUUCCCAUGGCUAACGAUUCUUCUAACGUUAUAGAAGAAAGUAAUAUGGUGGAAGACCAACUUGAGAUGAAGAACUCAUGUAAUCUACAAAAUUAUGAUGGCAAGCCAAGGAAAAUAUUGGAUCAAAGUAAAAGCAGAAUCUGGAAUAGGGAAACGAGUACUCCUUUAGGGUUGGUUGGGAUGCACGCAAAAGAUUCUAUGAAUGAAGUGUCUAGCCUUCCUGUUAAGCAUUUUGAUUUUUCGUUUGAGGACAAUAAUUUGGAUGAAAGUACCCCGCAAAAUUGUUGUGUUGAUGAUCCAAUCAAUGUUACUUGUGGGGCUGGCAAACCGUAUGAAUCUGGUUCUAUAACAGGUCAUACAUAUGAAAAGAUGAAUGAAGGGCAAGAGAAAAUUUUAGUCGAUGUAUUAGGCAAAAGAGUGAGUCAAGAUAAUGUUAGUAUGACAUCUAAUUCACCCCUCAAUGAGUUUAGGACAGCAAUUAGGACACAUGGAUCUGAUGAAGCUAGUACUCCUUCAAGUAGUGUGUCACUUAAUGAUCAUUUAGAUCUAAACAGUUGGCUUCCACCUGAAAUAUGCAGCAUUUAUAGAAAUAAAGGAAUCUCAAAGCUUUACAAUUGGCAGGUUGACUGCCUUCGGGUAAAUGGUGUCCUACAAAGAAGAAAUCUUGUAUAUUGUGCUUCUACAAGUGCUGGUAAGAGUUUGGUCGCUGAGAUUUUAAUGCUGCGGAGGGUGAUAACAACCGGAAAGAUGGCACUACUUGUUCUACCAUAUGUAUCAAUUUGUGCAGAAAAGGCGGAACAUCUCGAACGUCUUCUUGAGCCACUCGGUAAACAUGUUCGUAGUUAUUAUGGAAACCAAGGUGGUGGAACACUUCCUAAAGAUACUUCUGUAGCUGUCUGCACAAUAGAGAAGGCAAACUCGUUAAUUAAUAGAUUAUUGGAAGAGAGCCGUCUAUCAGAAAUGGGAAUUAUUGUGAUAGAUGAACUGCAUAUGGUUGGUGAUCCAAGUAGAGGUUAUCUUCUAGAACUUAUGUUGACAAAGCUUCGUUAUGCAGCAGGAGAAGGCAUUUCAAAAUCAAGUGAUGGAGAAAGUUCAGGUGGAAGCAGCGAUAAGGCUGAUCCUGCUCAAGGUCUGCAAAUUGUUGGAAUGAGUGCGACAAUGCCUAAUGUUGCAGCUGUUGCUGACUGGCUUCAAGCAGCACUAUACCAAACAGAGUUUCGUCCAGUUCCUUUGGAAGAAUAUAUAAAAGUUGGUAAUUCCAUUUAUAACAAGAGUAUGGAACUUUCUAGAACAAUCUCAAGAGCAGCUGACCUUGGCGGUAAAGAUCCCGAUCAUGUUGUUGAACUAUGUAAUGAGGUUGUUCAAGAGGGACAAUCAGUGUUAAUAUUUUGUUCUAGCCGAAAAGGUUGUGAAUCUACUGCAAGGCAUGUUGCAAAGUUCCUUAAAAGUUUUACUGUUGAUGUUAAUGAGAAUGAUUGCGAGUUUGCUGAUAUUACUUCCGCCAUUGACUCCUUGAGGAAGUGCCCUGCUGGCUUGGACCCCAUAUUGGAGGAAACUCUUCCUUCUGGAGUUGCAUUUCACCAUGCUGGCCUUACGGUUGAGGAACGGGAGAUUGUUGAAACUUGUUAUCGAAAAGGCCUUUUACGUGUCUUAACUGCCACAUCGACAUUAGCUGCUGGGGUUAAUCUGCCAGCUAGGAGGGUGAUUUUCCGGCAACCUAGAAUUGGUCGUGAUUUUAUAGAUGGGACAAGGUACAAGCAGAUGGCUGGUCGUGCUGGUAGAACUGGAAUUGAUACAAAAGGAGAAAGUGUACUUAUCUGCAAACCAGAGGAAAUGAAAAAAGUUAUGGGACUUCUAAAUGAAAGCUGUCCGCCACUACAUUCCUGUUUAUCUGAAGAUAUAAAUGGAAUGACUCAUGCAAUCUUAGAAGUGGUGGCUGGAGGAAUAGUUCAGACUGCUAAAGAUAUUCAUCGGUAUGUUAGAUGUACUCUUUUGAACUCCACAAAACCAUUUCAAGAAGUGGUGAAAUCUGCACAAGAAUCCCUUCGAUGGUUGUGCCAAAGAAAAUUUCUUGAAUGGAACGAAGACACUAAACUCUACAGUACCACACCUCUUGGACGUGCAUCUUUUGGCAGUUCUCUCUGUCCAGAAGAAUCACUUAUUGUGCUAGCUGAUCUUUCGAGGGCAAGAGAAGGAUUUGUCCUUGCAUCUGACUUGCAUUUAGUUUACUUGGUGACGCCAAUCAAUGUUGAUGUUGAGCCAGAUUGGGAAUUGUACUACGAGCGUUUUGUGAAAUUAUCUCCUCUUGACCAGUCAGUUGGCAAUCGAAUAGGUGUGACAGAACCAUUCUUGAUGCAUAUGGCACAUGGCGCACCAAUACAUGCUUCAAACAAGUCAAGAGCUAAUACAAGAUGGUUGCACAAUAAACAAAGAAAUCAACUUAGGAUCUCCAAUGGAACAGUUAACUCAGAUGAUCAAACACUUCGUGUUUGUAGAAGAUUCUAUGUUGCUCUCAUUUUGUCACUUCUAGUUCAGGAAACUCCUGUGGGUGAGGUUUGCGAAGCAUUUAAAGUUGCCAGAGGAAUGGUUCAAUCCUUGCAAGAUAAUGCUGGUAGGUUUGCAUCUAUGGUUGCUGUGUUUUGCGAAAGACUUAGCUGGCAUGAUCUGGAAGGGUUAGUUUCUAAGUUUCAAAAUCGUGUAUCAUUUGGAGUUAGAGCAGAGGUUGUAGAGCUUACCACCAUUCCCUAUGUUAAAGGCUCUCGAGCCAGAGCACUCUAUAAAGCAGGUUUACGUACACCUCUUGCAAUUGCUGAAGCAUCCAUUCUGGAAAUAGUAAAAGCGCUUUUUGAAUCUUCAUCAUGGGCCGCAGAAGGUUCUGCACAAAGGAGCUUACAAUUUGGUGUCGCCAAGAAGAUAAAGAAUGGUGCUCGCAAGAUUGUUCUUGAUAAAGCAGAAGAGGCAAGGGUUGCUGCUUUCUCAGCCUUUAAGUCACUUGGAUACAAUGUCCCACAGUUUGCUCCUUCCAUAUUAUCUACUGCUGCACCUGAUUCUAUCAGGCAAGAAGCUGGAAGUACCUCUCGAAGUGACACAGCUGACACAAGUCAUAGUUCUGUUGAUGCAAACCACGUUGAUAAUUCUAACAAAAUUGCUUUAGAAAAAGAAAGAGAAGACUUGAUAAAAUCAUCUGACAAUGGUGCUAUGGCUUAUGUAGAAGGAAAAUCAAGCAGCAUGAUGCCAUGUAGCUUGUCUACUGUUCCAAUUGCAGAACCUAUGAGGAAUGAGCUCAAUGCCACUUCUAACCCUACCAAGAACCCAGAUAUGACCACCCUCUCUGUUCAGUUACAGAAACCAAAUGAUAAGUCCAAUAUACAUGACAGGUGCCAUGCUCAUGGUAGAGAGGAACAACAUCAGGGUGGAAAUUUGGCUAGUGGUAAUGUGGGUAGUUCCAGCCGGAGAGGUCCCAUUAAUGCAGUUAGUAUUCCUGGUGGACUUGAUUCAUUUUUGGAUCUAUGGGACGCUAUGCCAGAGUUCUACUUUGAUAUCCAUUACAUCAAACGAUUGGAGUUGCACUGUGCUGCCCCUUUUGAAGUACAUGGCAUUGCCAUCUGUUGGGAAAACUCUCCUGUGUACUACGUUAAUCUUCCCAGGGAUAUUCUGAUGUAUGACAUUAGAAAAGAAGAGUGUAUUUCCUUGAGUGCAUGCAGUAAUAAGCAGAAAGUUUCAUCUUCUAAGUCUAAGCAAGAUUUGGAGAUUGCUAGGUAUAGAUGGAGCAGAAUUAGUAAAAUAAUAGGGAAAAGAAAUGUCAGAAAGUUUGCCUGGAAUUUGAAGAUUCAGAUUCAAGUGCUGAAAAAACCUGCAGUUUCAGUUCAGAGAUUUGGUUCCUUGGACACUCUAGGAAAAAAUAUGGACCUUGAAAUCGUAGACAAUUCUUACAUAUUAUUGCCCCCCAUCCAUGUUAAAGAUGCAAUUGACAUGUGUGUUGUAGCUUGGAUUCUUUGGCCUGAUGAAGAGAGGAGCUCCAAUCCAAACCUGGAUAAGGAGGUAAAGAAGAGGUUAUCCUCUGAGGAUGCUGCAGCGGCUAAUCAGAGUGGCAGGUGGAGGAAUCAGACACGAAGAGCUGCUCAUAAUGGUUGCUGUCGUCGGGUUGCUCAAACACGAGCAUUAUGUUCUGUUCUUUGGAAAUUACUUGUUUCUGAGAAACUUGUUGAUGUGCUUAUGGGAAUAGAAAUUCCACUGGUGAAUGUUCUAGCUGACAUGGAACUUUGGGGAAUUGGUGUUGAUUUGGAGAAAUGCAUCCAGGCUCGUAAAUUGUUGGUGAAAAGGCUAAAACAUCUUGAGAAGGAAGCUUAUAAACUGGCUGGGAUGACGUUUUCAUUGCAUAUGCCAGCAGAUAUUGCAAAGGUGCUGUAUGAACAUUUGAAGCUGCCUAUACCUGAUGGACGAAAUAAGGGAAAACAACAUCCAAGUACUGACAAGCACUGUUUGGAUGCAUUGAGGAAUGAACAUCCCAUUGUUCCGGUCAUUAAAGAGUAUCGAACAAUGGCAAAGCUCUUGAACUCUACGCUAGGAUCAAUUUGUUCUCUGGCUAGGCUAUCUAUUAGUACACAGAAGUACACAUUACAUGGUCAUUGGCUCCAGACAUCCACAGCAACUGGUCGGCUUUCAAUGGAGGAACCUAAUCUUCAGUGCGUUGAGCAUACAGUGGACUUCAAAUUGAAAGAGGAGGAAAAAAAUGGAGGUGAUGCUGAUGAGAGUUAUUGUAGGAUUAAUGCUCGUGACUUCUUUGUUCCUACUCAGGACAACUGGUUACUGUUAACAGCCGAUUAUUCUCAGAUAGAAUUAAGGUUGAUGGCACACUUCUCUAAAGACUCUUCACUUGUUGAACUUCUCAGUAAGCCUGAUGGUGAUGUCUUUACAAUGAUAGCAGCAAGAUGGAUUGGGUGUCCUGAGGUUUCCGUGGGUUCUCAGGAGAGAGAUCAGACCAAAAGGAUGGUGUAUGGUAUUCUUUAUGGUAUGGGUGCCAAUAGCCUUGCAGAACAACUGAAUUGCUCUUCUGAUGAAGCUGCUGAAAAGAUUGGUAACUUCAGAAGCUCAUUUCCAGGGGUUGCUUCCUGGCUUCACGAAGCUGUUGCAUCUUGUCGUAGUAAAGGAUAUGUGGAAACUCUUAGGGGAAGAAAACGAUUUUUGUCAAAAAUAAAAUUUGGCACUAGUACAGAAAAAUCAAAAGCUCAGAGGCAAGCUGUGAAUUCCAUUUGUCAGGGUUCUGCUGCCGACAUAAUUAAGAUUGCAAUGAUAAGAAUUUACUCUCUAAUUGUCACUGGAGUUGAUAGCUUGGAUUCCAGUUCUUCAAUAGCAACCAAGUUCCACAUGCUUAGAGAUCGUUGCCGGAUUCUGUUACAGGUACACGAUGAAUUAGUGCUGGAAGUUGAUCCUUCCGUUAUAAAGGAAGCUGCCCUGCUGUUACAGACAAGCAUGGAGAAUGCUGUCUCACUUCUUGUUCCUCUGCAUGUCAAACUUAAGGUUGGAAGAACGUGGGGAUCUUUGGAGCCAUUUGCACCUGAUAAAUUCAAAGUUGACGCUCUCAUCACUGAAUCCUGAAGCAGAAAGGCUAUUUUUGUUCAUGACCAGAUGAAGGUAUUUGAUGAUGUUGGGUGGUGCAUUCACCAUUAUUGAUUGGGCGGUUUGGAAGGGAGGGAAAUUAUCUGAGAGUGCCCGCGUAAAGAAUUAUGGCGGCGAAGCUUUUACAGUGUAGAAUAUGUGGAGUCCUCGCCGAGUAAAUAGCAAAAUGAGUUUCACUGUUUCUGUGCCUAUCAAGUGGCAAUACUGCUAUCAUUCAUCACAUCAAUUUUUGUAGAUAGGAAAACAAAAUUUUUGUAGAGAUUUGUAUAUAUUCAUUUACAUCGGGUUGUAAGGCUGAGUUAGGGGAAAAAAAAUG